UCGGCUCUGCUCGGCAGCAGCGGAGCAGACGAGAAACCAUGAAGCGCAACAAGACGCGCUGGAGAGAGUCGACCCGCGGACGGGAGGAGCGCCAAGUCCAGAUCUGUUUUUAAGUCUCUUCCGGGACUCCGGGCAGAUUCGGGACAGCCAGCAGGUGGACACCGAGUUUAGUCCGAGCGUGCGUAAACUGACCGGAGGGUCCCGAGCGGGGGAGCCAAAAAAACAGUCUUGGAGUUGCCAGCAAAGCACCAAACAAGUGGAGACCAGAUCUGCGUAAAGAGUGGCAGUUGAUUGCUGACAUUUGGACAUAUUUGAGGACGCUUUAGAGAGGAAAUGCUGCCGGCGUCCCCUGCGUAAAAAACGCUUUCUUGCCACAAAAAAGCCAUCUAAAGGAAUCUUUAUUUUACCAAAAAAGAGCCCGGGAGCGCAGCUGACACUUCAUAACAAACAGAGGCAGACAGCUCAGCGCGGAACCAUGGUAAAGUUUCAAAACUCCGACCUGUGGAUAGCCUGGAUGGUUAUUUUCUGCAUGGAAGGUUCCAGGUUUGAUCUACACACAGGGAAAGUGUGUGUUCGGGCGCUGGAUGUGACCGUGUCCCAGAGCAGCAUCCAGGUGGCCCGUGGCCAGGCUGCCAUCUUGCCAUGCUCCUUCACCACCAGCGCUGCCCUCAACAACCUCAACAUCAUCUGGAUGGUGAUACCCCUAUCUAAUGCAAACCAGCCAGAGCAGGUGAUCAUCUACCAGGGUGGCCAGGUGUUCAGUCUCGCCAACCGCCUCAACGGUCGUGUGGGCUUCGUGACCACAAUGCCAAGCACAAGUGCCUCCAUCUUCAUUAACAACACUCAGCUGUCCGACACUGGGACGUACCAGUGCCUGGUCAACAACUUCCCGGACAGAGGGGGGCGCAACAUCGGCGUCAUUGGGCUCACGGUGUUGGUGCCCCCCUCGGUGCCAGCAUGUCGAAUCCAGGGCACUCUGGAUGUGGGCAGCGACAUCAUGCUGUUCUGCAGCUCAGAGGAAGGCAUUCCCACGCCGACCUACUCCUGGGAGAAGCUCGACGCCCUUCCCAGGCUGCCGCACAACGCCAUGCAAGAUCAAAUGCAGGGCACGGUAACUCUGAGGAACAUCAGCACCAGCACGUCAGGACUCUACCAGUGCACCUCCAGCAACACCAUCGGCAAGAGCACAUGUGUGCUCAACCUGCAGGUUGUGGCACCUCAGCCACAGAGUGUGGGUCUGAUAGCAGGAACCAUUGCUACAGGAGUCCUGGCCGUCAUCAUCUGUGCACUGCUGGUGGUGGUGACGCUGUUCUACUGGAGGAACAAGAACAAAUAUGACGAGGAGGAGAUCCCCAAUGAAAUCCGAGAGGACGAUCUUCCGCCCAAGCGCUCGUCAUCCGUGAAGGCUUUCCACGCAGACGCCUCCUCCUCCGAAAAUGACACUCUGACCUCCACCAACACUUACAACAGCCGCUACUGGCACAACCCCAAAACCAACUACGACACCAACUCCUACACCCGUUACAACGGAGACACUCGCCAGACCUUCUCCAUGGCCGCACCCCACGGGCCGCACGGACACGUGCAAACCCAGAACGUUGGCCACGGCCCGGCGGUCACGGCCCCGGGUUCCACGCCGCUCACCCGCCACCCCCCGCCCACGACCACCACGGCGUCGUUCGCCAACGGCAGCCACACCCUCCCCCCGCCCAAGACUCUGGUGGUCACCUCAAACUCUGCCCCCUCCCCUCCCACCAUGGUGCGCAGCAACGGCUCUGUGAGCCUCAAGCCGGCGGUGACGUCAGCGCACGGCCAGCACACGCACUCCUACGCCGUGAGCCAAGCCACGCUGGAGCGGAUGGGGGCGGUGCCGGUCAUGGUGCCCGCCCAGAGCAGAGCAGGCUCACUCGUUUGAAAAAAUAAAAAAGGAGACAAACGACACUUUGAUAACAAGACUAAAUGAGCGUGUGAUGUUUAAAAAACACUACUGGGCUGAAACAGCCCGCUGCCCUUUACAGCUGUGUCUUUCUCUAUGUCUUUACCUUUUUAUCUCUAACUAACUGGCUUUUACAGUUUUACAGAGUUCAUUCAAUGCCAACUCCUCAGAGGACUGAUCUUGCAUUGCCCCACGACGGGUUUUCUCCUCCUGGAUGCAGCAGGAGAACGUUUCUUUAAAACCCUCGAAUGAUUUUGCAAAGAAAAAAAAAGUCCACCUCAACUUUGAUUUAUUUAGGGCUGGAUCAUUGCAACGGUUGUGUGUUUUUUGGUUUUUCUCCGAAGCAACCAUCGUGCGUCCACUUGCAUGGUUUGCAUUUCCACAUUAUUGUCCUUUUUCUUAAGUAUGUUGGUUUUUCUCCUCCGUUCUCAGUGACCUAAAAGGUAAAGAAUGUUGAUAUAUGGUAACCAAAAGCAGAAGCGUGUCAGAAUGAAACUAUUUUAAAUGGCCUUAGGAGUCUGGAAUGAAAGUUACUGAGUGCAAUACACUGCAAUUAGAUCUAUUUUCAGAGCAAACUAAUAUCAAAACCAGUCUUACUAAUAACUUCACAACCUACUUUUUAUGCACAAUUUAUACUGCUGUUGUAUCAAGAUGAGAAGUGCUGGCUUUGUGAUGCCAGAGUGAAGCUGAACCAGCUGCUGGAUUAUGUCUUUGUUCUUUCCAUCCUUGCUGUCGUUUAAAUCUGAUUUAUGUCCAGUUUGUGCUGCUUUACAAGGAUGUCUUAUUAAACAAAUGCUUAUAGAGAUACAAAGAGGCUAUAUGAACCCACA